UUAUGCAAACCCUUGCUGAGAAGCAGAACUCCUCUGAGCAAACAGAUCAGGCCAUUACGGUGAUAUACCCGUGGAUUGUCUGAUUGAGGGAGCCAGUUUUUCUGCCUGUAUCAAAAUAUUGGAGAGCUUUGGGGAAUCCAGGAUGGCAAGGCAGAUGUGAAGUCACUCAUGGCGAAAUUUAACACGGGUAUCAGCCCCACAGAGGAUGUUUCUGGUAACAGUCGACCCUUCAAAGUCCCAGGACAACCUAUCCAUACAGGAUUGCAGACGAGGAAAGCAGCACUUGAGAAAUUUGCAAGUCAAGGAAAUGCAGCUUCUCCUUCAGGACCCAGUACCUUUCACAAACCUGUUCAUGCUAAGCCUCCUCUGGGGGUCAAGCCUUCAAUUGAUGAUAAAACAGAGAAGGAUCCAAAGCCCCCAUAUUUGAAACCAGUGGCACAAAGGUUUGGGGUUCAGCUUCAGGCAACUAACAGAGAAAAUGAUGGAAAAUCUGGAUACACUAAACCCCUCACCAAAACCAGUGACUUGGCAAAAGAAGAGCCAAAGCCUCUGUAUCCAAAACCUGCAGGGAACAAGUUUCUUAACUCUGCUCCUCAUGAGAAAGAAAAAAAUCCUCUGGGAACAAAACCAAAUUCAAAUCCUACACCACAGGAGAGUGAGGCAAAACCAGCAUUUUCAAAAAUAACUGGAGUUAAGGAAAAGUUCAUGUCUGCAACACAAGAAAAUGAGCCAAAGCCGCCUUUCUCUAAACCACCUCUUGCACAGAAACCUUCUCUAAGCCAUGAGGUCUCCCACAAUGAAGACACUUCUAAUAAAAAUGUUUUUCUGCAAAAAGGACUGUCGGGGCCUAGACCAAAUAUACACUCAUUUAAAGCAGCAAAGGAAAUGGAUGAAAAUAGCAACUGUGCUGCAGAAGCUGCAGGCAGUCAUUUUUCUAAUGUGGCUCUGAAGCCUACUGGUCACUGGUCCAGCUCACCUCAAGGCACCCCCAAAAACGUGGACGAAAAGACUGAAGAAAAGGGAAUGAGCGCUGCCAAGAACAUCUUUCUCAACAAAAUCAUCCAGGAAGAAUCAGGUUCUUCUUCUCCUAAGUUCCCUAAGAUGAACACAGUGCUUGCUGCAGGAAGGCCAUCAGGUGGAUCACAAGAGAAAGAGGAUGGGGAUGGGAGCUCAGGAGCCCCCAAGAGGAAAGCCUUGCCCCCGCUGUUCAAGCUGGGCCAGCCCCCACAGAAACCCAGCAGACCCCCCAGCGUGGACCUGGAAAGGUUCCGGAAGAGCAGCCCAAAAGACAGCCUUAAAAAUGAAGGCUCAAAACAGACACCACCUUCCUCGGCAGCGGUCUCCCCACCUAUACUUCAACCACACUCUGGUACGCAGUUGCCACCUCCUCCACCAGCCUCUCACCCAUCCCUGCAGGCCCCAGCAGCUCCCAGCCUGCCUCCCAGAAAUAUCAAGCCCAGCUCUGAAACAAUAAGUCCAGACAAUGAAGAAAAUUAUGAUGAUGUAGAAUUUGUUUCACAGGGUCAUGGAAAUACAGAGGGGGGCCAAGAAAGUGAUGGAGAGAUGUAUGAGGACAUUAAUGACAUCAGAUCACCGAGGGGAAAAGAGAAGAAGCGGGACAAGGAAGAAAAGAAAAGAAUGGACCAAGAGAAGAAAGAACAAAAGGAAAAAGAAAAGAAAGAGCAGGAAAUAAGGAAGAAGUUCAAAUUAACAGGACCUAUCCAAGUCCUUCAUCAGGCUCGAGCUUGUGUUGACCACAAGGGAGGGAAGAAUGAGCUGACUGUCAAACAGGGGGAUGAGAUUGAAAUCAUUCGCCUCACAGACAACCCCGAAGGAAAGUGGCUGGGCAGGAUAAAAGGAUGUUAUGGAUACAUUAAAACAACCAUGGUGGAGAUUGAUUAUGAUUCUCUAAGAAGAAAGCAACAACCUUCUACCAGAGCUACUGUGAAACAUACAGAGAGUGACCAAGAAGUGUAUGAUGAUGUUGGAGAGCAGGACAGUAUUAGCAGUCAGAGUGGUGGUCAAAGUGGAGCUGGAAAGAUGUUCCCACCUCCUCCUUCUGAUCAAGAAAUUUAUGAUGGGAUUGACGACGAUGAUGCUGUAACUAAGUCUGUAUCGCAGGAUGAAGAUAAGAAUGGUAUCUGGUCCUGGGGAAUCUUGAAGAGGCUAAAAGUCAAAGAUGACAAAAAGAAAAGUGUACGAGCAAAAACAACCAAAGACAAUGGGGCAGAAGAUAAUGGAGAUUUGUGCAUGUCCCCUUCAACAAAGCAGUUUGGAAAAGAUUGUGGAGACAAUGAUGUUUAUGAUGAUGUAGAUUCUUCAGACUUCCCUCCUCCACCGCCUGAACUCAAGCAAGUGAAAACAGGAAUUACUCCCCUGAUUAGAAAUCUUUCAUCAAAAUCAGCAGGCCUUGGAAAACGUAAAUCAGAUGAAAAAGAUGCACAAAAGCUUAAAAAGAUGGAAAAAGAAGAGAAAGAGUUCAGAAAAAAGUUCAAAUUUGAAGGUGAAAUUAAAGUUCUUUACUCUACCACCACAGUCCAGGAUUUGCCCCAGAAACGAUGGGGACCUAAAGACUUGCAAAUUAAACCAGGAGAGUCUCUCGAAAUUAUAGAAAGCACAGAUGAUACCAAGGUCCUGUGCAGGAAUGAAGAAGGAAAAUAUGGCUAUGUUCUGAGAAGCAACUUAGUUCAAAAUGAUGGAGAGAUUUACGAUGACAUUGGUGAUGAUUGCAUCUAUGAUAAUGACUGAUGCAGAUUUCUAUGCAAAUAAGAGCUUCAUUGAAGAUCAAAAUCUAUUUCGGACUUCCUAACUGUGAAAGCAAGAGAAGUCACUUACAGCUGAUUACAAGUUAAUUGGCUACACUCUUCUAAAUGUACAAUUAACCUUUUUUAGGAUUUCAGUCUUUUGUCAUCCCUUGCUUUGUAUGAUAUUCGUAUUGCCAUUUAUCUGAGCAAUUGAAAUUCAGGGUGUAUGAGCUAAAGUUAAGGUUACAAUUUUCCACUUCCUUUCCACAUUUGUGACAGUCCGUAUAAAAACAGUUCUUCAGUUAGCUAUACCCAGAGAGGCUAGUUCAGGUCUAUAAAGGAUACAGAGGACAACAAACCCUGGGAACAGAUUUCACCCUGGCUCUGGUCUAUUAAACACCAGAGACUGCCACUCUGGGGAGGACAGUAUCCUGAAAAGAAGUGCUUCCUUUGGUGAUAACAUCCUGUUGUGAAAACAGGAAAUCAAAAGUGGGCAUCGGAGAAGAAAAUACAUUGCUGACCUCCCAUUCCAACUGCAAUAGCGUUAGCUACACUGACAUGUACAGCCAUGUACCUCCAUUGCUGAAGUUUCUCUUUCUACGUUGUACUAAUGAUAGAAUACCAUUUUCUAAAAUUCGUUUGACCAUUUUGUAGGUACUUUUUGACUAAUAUUAAUAGUGACAUAGUAACAAUGUUAUAUGUGUUACACACAGCACUCUGAGAUAUAAACCAUAGAAGAGUUUACAUUAUAGUACGGUGUUGCUCAAAAUAUAUUCAGAAUAUUUAGGUUAAGAUUUAAUUUCUGUUUAGUUUUGAAGAGGUGUUGUUGUUGUCAUGAUAGUAAUUUAGGCAUUAAAAUGGACCUCUCAACUUACAAUAAACUGGUUGGAAAUAACUUCUAGAUGAAAUACAUAUGUAUAUUUAUUACACCAUUGUCCUAGUAUCUUUUCCUUAUAAGUACUAUAUUUUACACUAGACUUCACUAAAUGGGAGUAGUGAAAUUAAACAUUUCCAUGCUUACCCAUCGUAGAAACAACAUUUAUUCCUAAAGAUCAUUGGUGAUGCUGUUAUCUGAAUGAGCAAGUAGCAAAUCAAAGCAAAAUAAGCGGACGAAUCAUAAUAAUAAAUAUCACUUUGCACUUACCUAUCAGAACUCACUGGAAAUCAACAGACAUUUACAGUGAACUCCCAGUAAAGAGGGUAAGCAUGUGCAGAAUACGGAACAUAUAUUUUUAAUGUGUGAUGCUUUUGCUGUAGUGCAAGACAAUCAAAAACCUGCAACGACCAACAUGGCUGGAUCCGUGCAAGCGAUUCCUCUUGGUAAUCAAGUUUCCUAUAAUCCUCAAGGGACGUAAGGCACACUGUGCAAACCAGUGCAAUGUAGCAAGCUAGCAAGCUUAGCUUAUGAGCAUGAAAAAAUUUUAGCUCAAUUGAAGUCAGUGAGUUUUGGUCUUGCCUUCAGUGGAGCUGAGAUUUCACCUCACACAAGCGCCUUUUACUGAUGGUUCAGAAUACGGUAACUCUCUAAGGAGGUAUAAUGCUAUGGGGAUAUAAAACAUGAAAUUAAUUGUAGAGGUAAUAGCCUAUAAGCUAUUUUAUACUGUAUUUAAAAUCACUGAUGAUACACUGAAAAGCUAUAUGCAAACUUGAGUUUCCUGUUCUAUCUUUGCUAUUCAACCAGCAUCCAGGCAUACAGAUACCAAUUUUAUGUGUAAACAUCAGCACCAGCACCCAAAUUUAAAACAUGAGCUUGUAUACUAAGUACAAUGAAUUUGUCUGACUAUUUGGCUAUGUUGCUGCUGGUGGUUUACUUACUUUUCAGGGGCAUUCAAGAGGGUAUUUGCAUCAAGUUAGCGAUAUGCCAAAGAACGCAGAUAUUUAGAAAUACGCAACCACUUGCCAGUUAACAAUAGGAUAAGUAGUUUCAUGAUUUACACAGUUAAUUAUCUCAAAAAGAGUUUGUGUUAAAGUCUAACAUAUAUGCCCAGUAGAACACAAACCUCUUUCAUCCCCCUGAAAAAUAAGUUAAUUUUAUUCUUCGUGAAUUUUUCAGUCAUAUAUAUUUUAAAUAGCUUUUCCAUGUUCUUAGCCUUGAUGUGUUGUAUGUACUGUAUUUCCUUACUGAUUAUACUGACUGAAUUGGUCUUAUGAUACAGCAAAUCAUCAAAAGUAAUAACCAUAAGAUACUUCAAGCUAAAAAUCUGUGCAUUGUUUGCACAGAUCAAAUAUAAUGUGAUUGUUACAGGGUGUUGAAAGGUAUUUAUAAGGUACUACACACUGAAAAAUUAU